AUGAUUGGACGGUUGCUGAUGGAUAACGAGGCAGGAUAUGUGGCAUCCGAAUUGUUUCCGAUGUGCUCAGUGCGACCCAACUGCUCGUCGAUAUGCUUUACUUCCAUUACCAAGGUAAAUACUAUUGUGGAAGACAUUUUGCCGAUCUACAAUAUCCACGAUGUGCUGGUUGUGAUGAGCUUAUUUUCGCUCGUGAGUACACAUUUGCCGAGGAGAAAUCGUGGCAUUUUCGAUCACUUCGCUUGUCUCAAGUGUGAUUUUCGUCUCGGCGGUCAUCGCUACAUGAUGAAGAACGACCACCCGCACUGUAUCGACUGCUACAUGAAACAUUUUGCUCGGGUUAGUCUUGCCUUUUGUGUUCCAGCAAUAAUACCAGAUAUUUACAAGGUUAGCUUCCAUUACAAACCAUGGUAUUGA